AUGGACUACCUGGUUGACUACAUCAUGGGCCUGCCCGCACAGGCGGUGUUUACUGGUCCCAUAACAUCGUUUCUCGCCAAACACGGCAUCGUCACAUCGUCCAACAUUCUCGCUAACUUACACUCAGUGAUCUACGUGGCCGAAGCAUACCAUCUAGUGUUUUUGGUGAGUCAAUGGAUCCUGUUCCCACCGCUGGUACGCUGGAGAUUGUCACACGACGCAGACAAGUCUCCACGUCGCUACAACGACCUUCUCAAUCAAUCUGCGGUGCAUUUUGUGAGUUUGGUGCAAAGCUUCGUGAUUCUGUAUCUAAGUUUGGGCUACAUACGAGACCACGGCACAAGCACCCAUCCUACGCCGGAAAGCCGUAUUUUCAGCGAGUCCGCUGAGACAAACGUGAUCUGUGUGUUUGCAAUUGGUUAUUUUGUAUGGGACGCGCUUAUUUCGCUCGUUUACUCUUCUCUUCCCUUUGUGGUUCAUGGCGUAGUUUCGGCGCUCAUGUUCACGAUUGGAUUAAAGCCCUACAUCCAAUACUAUGCGCCAGCUUUCCUGUUGUUUGAGCUCUCCAACCCAUUCCUAAACUUCCGCUGGUUUGGCAUCAAGUUCAUGCCACAACUGUCAGCUGAAAAUCAAUCCACGUCGGCUGCAGUCUGCAACGUGAUUCAACUUCUCAACAACGUUAUGCUCAUCUGCAUUUUCUUUGGUGCAAGAAUCGCCUGGGGCUGGCUCAAGAUCUACGAACUAGCUUUCGACUUCUACAAGGUGCGUAACGAUCCUCGCUUCUUGUUCACUGAGUCUCUGGUAAUUGUCUCCGGAAAUUUCAUUCUGGACGUUCUCAAUGUCGUGUGGUUCUCUCAAAUGGCAUCCGUAGCCAAGAGAAUCAUCCUAAAGCGCGGCAGAGUACAGGACAAGCCUGCCACCGAGGCUCAUUGUUAA